UAUUAUUUGUGGUAAUUAAUGGAAAUAAUCAUCCAAUAAACAAUAAAAAAGAUAAAUAGAGGAUUAUUUAUUGCUUUAGAAGGUCUUGAUAAGUCAGGGAAAUCAACUUAAGCAAAAUUAUUAUCUUAAAAAUUAAAUGCAAGAAAAGUAUCAUUUCCUGAUAGAACUACACAACUUGGACUUAUUAUUUCAGAUUAUUUAAGAGGAAACAAUAAUAUGAGUGAUGAAGUGAUACAUUUAUUAUUUUCAGCAAACAGAUGGGAAUAGCAGUAAAAAUAUUAAAUAUUCUAGCACAUCUAUAUUAAAAUAACUUUAGAACGGAAUCAAUAUCGUAAGUGAUCGUUACGCAUAUUCUGGAGUUGCUUUUUCAGCAGCUAAAGGAUUACCUAUUGAAUGGUGUAAAGCUCCAGAUUCAGGACUUAUUUAACCAGAUAUUACAUUUUAUUUAACUGGACCAAUUGAACAGUUAAGUUAAAGAGGAGAUUAUGGAAAGGAAAUCUAUGAAAAUUCUUCAUUUUAAUAUAAAGUUGGCAACAUUUUUGAUCAAUUAGCACUUCAAGAGAACUUUUACAAAAUUAAUGCUCUUAAGAGUAUUGACGAAAUCUAAGAAGAAAUUUUGUAACAUAUCUAAGAAAAACUAUAAAAUGUUAAUCAAUUAUAAUUAAAGAAACUAUGGAAAUAGAAAAUGUGA